AUGGCUUUCGCUGCGCAACUCCUUGAGGAGGGCAAGAUCACUUCGGACGAGUACAUCAAGUGGAUCAUGUCUGGCUACCUUCACCUCGAGUCGCAGAACUACGAUGGCAUGAAGGAUCUCAUGGUCAGCACUCGGUGCUCAAUCGCACAGGCGCAAGCCAACGCCGCACGCAGGGGCUUAGACGUCCACACGAGCAACGAGUUUCAGGGAAAACUGGAUCCCAAGCUGUUCUCCGGGCAAUCACACUUAGUAUCCGACAAUAAGUUCCAGAAGCUCGUAGACAGCCAGCGCGAGAACCGGGGCGGGGCCUCGAAGACCCAGCCAGGUGCUGGAAAGCGUAAACGCACGUAA